AUGAGGAGGAAGAAAGCUCAGCAGGAAGUGGAGACACUGAAGAAGAAGCUGGAGACCCAACAGGAGACAACAGACACCAACAUCAGAGAGUUUGAAGUGAAGGAAGCUGAAGUCCAGCGGCUCCAGGAGGAGAUUCAGAGGAUGGAGACCCUGAUGGAGUCAAACAACAUGGAGGAACACACAAAGAAAGAUGUAGAACCUGACACUUCUCACUCUAAGGAGCCAAACCAGACCAGCUGUUACACUCAGGAUUCACAUUCAGGAUUUAUCAUUGAGGUCCACACACGCCAAUCUUUCUGUCUGAAAAACACGUUCCACGAGGACCAACAGCUGGGAGGUUGGGAGUUAAAACUGCAGAUGAACAAGACAACACCCUUCACGUACACAUUUGAGGACUCUUUCAAACUCAACACUGGAGGAGAUGUCACUAUAACAUGUAAAAAUCCCAGAGACAAUCCUGCUGACCUGGUGUGGGAGGAUCUGCAGUUCUGGAAUCCUGGAGACAAACUGCAGUUUUCCCUCAGCAGCAACACUGGAGAGGACCAACACAUCGUAGUUAAAAAUCUAUUAUCCAAAGAUAAAAACUAA